GUGGAAUGUUGUGUUUGGUUGUUCGCAGCAGUUGUUAAGUGAUUACGUGUGGAUCUGGGCAAUAAGGAGCUAUUUAGGCACAUACAAUGGGCAGCAGCCGGUCUUGGAAUUCUCAUUGUGUGGCAUAAGCACAUUCCAGUGUCAAUAUGGACAUUGAUGAAGUCUUCUCCCAUAUUGGGGAGUUUGGACCAGCUCAAAAGAAGUAUGUGCUGGUGAUAUCCUUAGCCCAGGUAUACAUAGCAUCAAUUAAUUUAAAUAUGGAAUUUACAGCCUUUGCUCCUGAGUUUGAGUGCUACCCUAGUGAAGAUGGCUCAGCUCCUUUGCUUAAUGCAUGUCCUGACAAUGAAGCAGCCAAGUGUGCCAGAUUAGUCUACAACUCAAACUACUCAACUAUUGUCACAGAGUGGAACCUGGUGUGUGACCAGGCCUACCGUGCCAAGGGCUGCCAGUCAGCCUUCAUGGCUGGCCUGAUGGUGGCAGCACCACUAAUGGGUCCACUGGCGGACAAGGUGGGCCGCCUGCGCACCAUAGCUGCCUGCCUGCUGGUGCUGCUGGCCUGUUUCGGAGGCAGCAUGGCCGCACCCACCUUUGAUGUGUUCCUGGUACUCAGGUUCGUCUCCGGCUCUGUCACCAUCGGCAUGAUCUUGUCCACGUUCGUGCUGGCCUCGGAGGUGGUGGGCGCCUCCCAGCGCGCCUUCUGCGGCAAUCUGAUGAGCGUCAUGUUCGCGCUGGGCAUCCCCGUCCUGUCGGCGGCGGCUAGCCUCAUCCACAGCUGGCGCCACCUCUACUUGCUCUUCACGCUGUUCGGCUGCGCGUACUUCAGCGCUUACUUCUACCUGCCGGAGAGUCCGCGCUGGCUGCUGCUGAAGGGUCGGGAGGAGGCGGCGCUGCGCGUGCUGCAGCGCAUCGCCCGGUGUAACGGCACCACGCUGCCGGCCGGGCUUAAGCUGCGCUCGGCCGCGCCACGCGCUGCACCUGUCGCCGAAGGCGUUUGCUCCCUUUUCAAGUACCGCAAAGUGGCUGUCUGGACGCUGGUCAUGAUGUUCUCGUGGUUCACCAACAACCUGUGUUACUACGGCCUGACGUCGGCUUCGGCCACCAUGGGCAGCGACCGCUUCACGUCAGUGGCGCUGAGCGGCCUCAUCGAGCUGCCGGCCUACGCCAUCGUGAUGCUGGUGCUGAACAGGGUCGGUCGCCGCACGCCCCUCUGUGGCUUCAUGCUGCUAGGCGGCGGCUGCUGUCUGGGCAUCAUGGGCCUGCCGCACGGCGACGCCAGGCUCGCCCAGCUGCGCAUGCUGCUCGGCCUGAUCGGCAAGCUGUGUGCGGCGGCAAGCUUCUCCGUGAUCUUCAUCCACUCGGGCGAAAUCUUCCCCACGUCUAUCCGAAACACCGGCUUCGGUUUGGUCAACGUGUUUGCCCGCAUUGGCGGCAUCGUCUACCCGUUCAUGGCCCUUCUGAACGACGUGAUGGCCGACCUGCACUUCGCGGUGUUCGGUGCGCUGGCGGUCGGCUCAGGCCUGCUGAACCUGAUGCUGCCGGAGACGCUGGGCCGCCCGCUGCCGGAGACGGUGGAGGAGCUGGCCGGCCAGACCGGCUCCGAGAUGUACUCGCCGCUACGCCAGCUCGCCGACGACGAGGACGGCCACGAACCGGCGGCGCACGGCGGCCGGCGGCGCGUCGUCAAGGCCGUGUGACGGGCUAGGGAGGCCUGUGAGGCCGGCCCCCGGGUGACGACGAGGCUCGCCCCGCCGACCGAAGAGUCGGCCGGUCGGAGUGGCGGCUGAGGAACCAAAGAUCCCCUCCCCGACGGAGCGCGAAGGAUCUUUGACGAGGGUCCAGCGAUCAGCCUGAUAGCUAAGCAUUGGGGGUCUGUGUUGGAGGUCGAUGUUCUCCCCGAUCGAGAAGUAAGCACGUUUGGCGAAGAGUCUCCUAUCCAACUGACAUCGAAAUGGGCCCACUUUCGGGGCCAUUACUUGAUGAUGGUUCGUGGCUCAUAUAUGAGCGUGUUUCUUUGGGAAGUUUUGCUGCGUGACGGAUGCUAGAUGUGCGGUGUUUAUAGGUCAAGGCCGUUCUCCAAGGGGACCAACCAUUUGCUGAGCUUCGUUUGCCGUCUGGCGGGGAUUGAUCAGCCAGACAAGUCGGGGAAGACGUGAAACCGAAUCAGUGAUCAUAUGUGCGGUGGAAUCCCAAAACUGGCUCCUUCCGUGUGUAGUGGCGUCCAAUCCUAACUCUUGGCGUUGAUCGACGAGCAUGCUGUAGGUUGCAUGGACAGGAUAGAAUAAUGAUCAUUGCAUCCAUGACACAUCAAUAACGGACUGGGUCUGGAGCUGCUGGAUACUGGAAAUAAAGGGAUCGCCGUGAUGAGCUAGGGUGGACAAUAAUCGUAACGAGCGUGACGGGUAAUGAUAGCAAAGUAUUUCCACGAAAGGACCAAUGUAGAAUCUAGGUGCCUGAGGCAUGCGAGUAUUUUUAGAUAUGCUAGAUGAAACGUUGUCCUUAUUGUGAGUUCUUGCCUUUGGCUGUGAGCGUAGUUAUUAGUAUAAAUUACCGCAAGAACUUAUCCUUGCAGUGCUUUACAGCUAUUUGAUGAUAGUUCAUUGCCGUAUUAUAUCGUGUGAGUGGCUCGCUCUGGCUUGAAACAAGGGGAUAAACUGCUAGCGUCCACGUGAGGCUCCUCAGAUUCCUCAUGCGCGUCGGAUUAGAUGCAGAGUAACUUUCCGUUCAUUUCUUGACCUGACGUCGGCAACUUAUGUUCCUUCCCUGAGCCGUGGCGGGGAGGUCAGCCUGGUUGGUCGAUCUGUUCCACUUGGCGUCUGCUUACCGGUCAGCGGUGCGGAGUAUCGAUCAUGUGCUGACUUCUCUGCUGCUGUUUGAACCUCUGAAUUGCCGACACGAGAACUCCCGCAGCGAAAGUGUGUGAACAUCACACGUAUGUUCGUGACGUGAUGUGUGAAAUCAAAAUACGUCAGUGCGACAGCGUUUAUCCGCUGGGUGCACGAAUAUCUGAGCUGGACUGGACACCGAUGGUGGUGUGAUUGGAUGUCAGCAGCUUUCGUAAUUGGAAAAGCUUAUAUUCCAGUGGCUGGGCACCGCUCUUCCAACGCUGCUUCAUAGUGCUUGCGGUAAUUUAAGCUAUGUUUGGGUGCAUGGUUUCCCUCCCACUGUGGUCGUGUUCACGAGCUAACUAUUUUUGGGUGCAUUGCUUUCCAUUGUGUUCGUUCUCGUGUGCUGAGUUAGCCAUGGAGUGUAUGCGGGCUUGUGGACAGCCGAGCAGCCGUUUUACAUAUUGUUUGCGUGGUGGAGGUAUUGCGGACGUCGGGGUGUCCUUAUAGGCCUGCUCUUGCUGCAUCUCCAUCCCCUGACUACCCGGACGGCUGCUAAUGUAUCGACACCGUCACCCGUGCGAUGCCGUAUCGUUGUAAUCUUGUAGCAAGUGCCUUGCUGGUUCCAGGCUGCGCUGCAACAUUUUGUGAAACUGCUUUGCCCUGCAGUAACAACGAGCAAUUGGCAUAUGGCUGUUACCACGCAUAAAUCGAGGGGCGGGAUCACUGGACAUUACGUCUGUGUUGCGCCGUGAGGUCUUCUUCCGUCCGUGGACUGGGCUGAUUGUGUGCAGCGCUGCCUUCCGAGGGUGGCUGACGCGGACGCCACGUGUUCCGCCGGACCGCGCGCUGUGCCGUGCUGGCUCUCCAGGGGCUCCGAUCGCGUGCGGUGGAGGCGCCCCUCCGAUCCUGCAAUAAACGGGCCGUCCGGCCGCGCAGCA